AUGAAGAUGUUGCUUUUCCUGUGUCUUUUACUUGUUGGAAUACAUUCCAACAUUUAUUGCUAUGAGCCUUAUCAACAAGGGGUAAGAAACCAGAAUCAAAGAGCACAAGGAAACCAAAACAUGCCAUUGCAGAGUGUAACGAACAGUGUUUGUCGAUUUGCAUGUUGUUUCUACAAAGAAAUAUCUUCUCGUGAAAACAAUGGAAAUGUUUUCUUCUCUCCUUUGAGCAUCUCUACUGCCUUUGCCAUGCUGACUCUGGGUGCCAGAUCAGACACCCUGACACAGAUUCUUAGGGUCCUUUGCUUUAACCCUCGUCAGAUUUCUGAAAAUGACAUACAUGAAGGUUAUCGUCAACUCAUGCAAAUGGUAAACAGAAGGAAUGGGGGGUUACAGUUGAAUAUGGGAAAUGUUCUGUUUGUGCUUGAUCGACUGAAGCCACAAGAAAGAUUUUUAAAUGAUCUCAGAAACUUCUAUGAAGGAGAAGCUUAUCCUAUGAACUUCAAGAAGGCUGAUCAAGCCCAGCUAAAGAUCAAUGAAUAUGUGGCAAGAAGAACGAAUGGAAAAAUCAGGGACCUCGUAAAUAACCUAGAUCCACUUACUGAAAUUCUCCUUAUUAGCUAUAUCUAUUUUAACGCUGAAUGGGAAAAACCUUUUGAUCCAAAAUACACUAAAAUGAGCAAAUUUUUUGCGGAUGGGAACAAGGUUGUUGAAGUCCCCAUGAUGUUUGGAAUGGGCCUGUUCAAGCAUGGCUAUGAUGAGCAGCUGUCUUCCACUGUGGUGCAAAUGGAUUACAAAGGAGGUGCUUCAGCAUUUUUUAUUCUGCCUGAUAGAGGAAGAAUGAGGAAGCUGGAGAAAAGAUUGUCUUGUGAACAUUUGUCAAGGUGGUCGACAUUAGUCACAAAAAGCUCAGUAAAUUUGUAUCUUCCGAAAUUCACGCUUUAUGGGACAUAUAACCUAAAAGAUAUCUUAUAUAAAAUGGGCAUCAUGGAUCUAUUCACGGACAAGGCUGACCUCUCUGGGAUCACUGGGCAGCCCCAGCACAGAAUUUCCCAGGCUAUUCAUAAGGCUGUGGUAAAGGUGGAUGAGACUGGCACCGAAGCUGCAGCUGCCACUGGCAUGGAAAUAGUGCCUAUGUCCGUUCCAGUUACUGUUAUAUUCGACAGGCCCUUCCUAAUGGUCAUAACUAUGGAUAAGACUAUACUCUUCAUGGGAAAAAUUGUGAACCCUCUGAAAAAAAAUUAA